GCUGCUGCCGCCGCUGUCGCUGCCGCUGCCGCUGCUGCUGUUGCCUUUGAGGUUUCGUUCCUUUCAUGGUUUCUCCUGCCAAACCAGAGGUACCUUCGCCGCUGUUCUCUUUGGUGCCAUUCAGCGGCAGGUUAGAGGAUGAAACUCCCAAGACUCCUCGCUUUCUUGCUCUGGCACCUGACUUGGUUGGACCUAGAUCUUAUCAGCACUGUUCUGAGUGCCCCAGACCUGGCACAGAGAACCUCAGGGUCCAGACCGGGAUUGGCCAAGGCAGAAGCCAAGGAGCGUUCCCCCCCGGCCAGAGGCAGCUUCAGGCCGGGGGGACAUGGCUUCAAUGGGGCAGCCACUAAUGCCAGGGCAAAGGGCAGCGCCAGCCAAGCUGGAGGCCUACUACCCAAGAAGGAUCAGCCCAAAAAGAUGCCCUCGAGAUCCGGAGGUCCUGAGCCCAAGCCAGAAUUCCCCCAGGCAAGGCAGGCUGGAGCUCGGACUGUGACCCCCAAAGGGCAGCACCCUGGUGCCAAGGUUCCUCCAAAGGGUGGCCCCAGUUCCAGUACCUUCCUACUGAAAAAGGCCAAGGAGCCGGGGCCCCCAAGCGAGCCCAAGGAACCAUUCCGACCGCCCCCAGUCACGCCCCAUGAAUACAUGCUCUCCCUGUACAGGACGCUAUCGGAUGCUGAUAGGAAGGGAGUCAAUGGCAGCGUGAAGCUGGAAGCUGGGCUGGCCAACACCAUCACCAGCUUCAUAGACAAAGGGCAAGAUGACAGAGGUCCUGCAGUCAGGAAGCAGAGAUAUGUGUUUGAUAUCAGUGCUCUGGAAAAAGAUGGGCUGUUGGGAGCUGAGUUACGGAUACUGCGGAAAAAGCCCUCAGAUGGGUCAAAGCCAUCUAUCCUUGGGCGGCCAGCCCAGCUGAAGUUGUCUAGCUGUCCCAGUGGCCGGCAACCAGGUAUCUUGCUUGAUGUACGUUCUGUGCCAGGUCUGGAUAGCCCCCGUUGGGAAGUGUUUGACAUCUGGAAGCUUUUCCGAAAUUUUAAGAACUCAGCUCAGCUGUGUUUGGAGCUGGAGGCCUGGGAUCGAGGCCGUGUCAUGGACCUACGUGGUGUGGGCUUUGACCGAGUUGCCCGUCAGGUCCACGAGAAGGCCUUGUUUCUGGUGUUUGGCCGCACUAAGAAACGUGAUCUGUUCUUUAAUGAAAUCAAGGCUCGCUCUGGCCAAGAUGAUAAGACUGUGUAUGAGUACCUAUUUAGUCAGCGUCGGAAACGGCGGGCCCCACUCACAACCCGUCAGGGCAAGCGACCCAGCAAGAAUCCCAAGGCCCGUUGCAGUCGCAAGGCACUGCAUGUUAAUUUCAAGGACAUGGGCUGGGAUGACUGGAUCAUUGCACCCCUGGAAUAUGAGGCCUUCCACUGUGAAGGACUCUGUGAGUUUCCCCUUCGAUCUCACCUGGAGCCCACCAACCAUGCUGUCAUCCAGACUCUCAUGAACUCCAUGGAUCCAGAAUCUACCCCCCCUACCUGCUGUGUACCCACCAGGUUAAGUCCUAUCAGCAUCCUCUUCAUUGAUUCUGCCAACAAUGUGGUCUACAAGCAGUAUGAGGACAUGGUUGUGGAGUCCUGUGGCUGCAGGUAGCAGCAUCACCCCUCCAGCCACCCACCUUUCUCCAUGGUCAUGGCCACUGUUACAUGGCCUCCAUUUUUUCAUCGGUAUCCUAAUUCCCAGGACCAUGGAUGGGGUGGGGAGACACAGCUAAGAGCAAUUUGUUAAGCCUCAUUUUGCCCUUGGAGAAAGGGUAGUACUUCCAGGGCCUCUUCCAAUUUCCCUUUCCAUGACUCUGGCUAGAAAGCCCCUCACCAAAGAGCAUCUUUCCCAGAAGGCAUGUUCCCAUCUGAGGGAGUCCCAUCCCAAUCUGCGUACUUCCCAGGCAUCAGAGGAUCCCUCUCAUGAGGCACCAGCAUCAGUGCUGCUCAGGCUUCCAGGUUAUGCCUAGGAAGUACAGACUUGAGGGUAUGGAGAUAUCAGGAGCUAAUUUUCUUCAGGAAGUCCUUUCUCAGUUCUAGACUCCGUCUCAGACAUUUCACCUCAGUCUCAGGAACCCCUAGGGAAGUCUGGCUGCUUCCUGGGGUCUGCCUGGAAAGAUAGCAUUGGGUGUGACUCCACAUACACACAAGAGUGUACAGUGACCUUUUCUAUUUCCAGCUUGGCAGAAAGAGGAGCUAAAUGGGCAAGGGUGGGGGAGCAGGGAUGAGGGUUUCAGGGGCAGCAGGGAUGGGGGAAAGGGUAUUAGACUGUUAUAUUGUUAGAUUAAACUGUACAUUGGCCAAGAUAAAGA